UUUUGUGCAAACCAGAAAAACCCAGAAAACUCUGCUGUUCUUCUCAUCUUCUGUUGCUGGUUCAUUUUUGGACUCAAUCCAUAUUCCAGAACAACAGGGAACAGGAACUGGAAAGCUGGAACAGCCUGUCCUGAAACAAACAUAUCGGUUUCUCUGCGCUGUGGUCUGUGAGUUUGAUAUGUUCAAGGAAAACACCCAUGUUUUAACAUAUCCAUCCACCCUGGUGGCCUCGUAUCAGAUGAUCUUGUCUCUGCCGCCCAUCCUUCUUCUUUAUUGAGAUCUGUGAUUCUGCAGUCUUAAACCCUCUGUUUUUAAUCUUGGGUCAUCUUCUUUUUCUCUGUACUGCCGCUGGGUACUCUUAAAAGUCAUUACUUUUUGUGAAUUUCAUCACUUUGCAUCCUUAUUUUGAUCAAACCUCCUUUUUGCAAUCUUGGGUCAUCCUCUUUUGUCUGUGCUCCCACUGGGUAUUCUUCAAAAUCACUCCUUUCUUGUGAAUUCCAUAACUUUUUACAUCCUUGUUUUGAUCAAAGUCCUAUGUUUUGUAUGGAAUUUUGGUACUAAAUUGACAGUUUUGAUUGAUUCUUGAACAAAAUCUGAGGAUUGCAUAGUAAACUUGAGCUAUAGGCACAGUUUUUGUGUUGCUCUGAGGUGGAAAAAUGGGGGAGAAGGGAGACAUUUCUGAGUACAGAAGUCGACUCGAUAAGACCUUGUCGUGUCAUGAUCUUGUAAACGAGGAGGCACUUAAGGGUCUCGUUAGGAAUCAAAUCCUAAGCUCGUCGAAUUUUGAGAUGGAAGGCUGUAUAGACAAUGUAGUGGAAAGAAGAACCGAGGAAUUAGGAAACACUCUUGGCAUGUUGAGAAGUGCCUCGUUGAGUGAUGAAUGGAAAGUAAAGCAGGAUUCAGAAGAGUUUCGUGUUAUGUAUAGAGAAGGACCAGAAGGGACUCCUUUCCAUACACUCUUAGUUGAAGGCUAUGUAGAUGGUCCAAUUGAUGUUUGUAUGUGCAUCUCGUGGGAGGCCGAUCUCUACAAGAAAUGGUGGCCUCAGACUAGCGUUCCAUGUUUCAAGAUCGCUUACUCUCAGUGUUUACAGAAGGUCAGAAUUGGUGAACAGAUAUCUUUAGUAAGGAUGAAGCUUUCAUGGCCACUGUCAACGAGGGAGGCUCUUGUGCACUAUUUUGAGUUCGACUACUUUCAAGAUGGUCUGAUUGUUGUGCUCCUGAACUCGAUCUCCGACUUAGAAAACGUUGAUACUAGUACUCAUGGAUUCGCCCGAGAUGGAAUCCCUGAUGCUCGUGAUGUUGUGAGAAUCGAUGUGGUGGGCGGUUUAGCUCUGCAGAAAGUUACUGCCAACAGAAGCUACUUCCGAACAAUUGCCAACAUGGAUAUAAAACUGGAUUUUGUCCCUCCUGCAUUCAUCAAUUUUGUCUCGAGGCAGCUUAUAGGUGGCGGGUUCAAGCUUUAUAAGAAGGAAGUGGCUUCUGUUUGCAGAGGCGAUGAAGAUUUUAGCGAGGCGUUAAAGGGUGUGCAGUACAAGCGAAUCCGUGAAGCUCUCUAUUCAGAUAUAGAAGUGGAAGGUGUGAAGAGAAACAAUGAUAUACAAACAAACGAUACAGAUGAAAAUGAAAUCCAGGAGGAGGAGGUUCGCGAUUGUGUGACUGGGAACAGAAACAUUUGUGGCGAGAUUGAGGAAGUUGACGAGGAAGACGGUGGAAAGGCGGGGACUGUUGAUGAGGAUACUCAGAACCAAGAUUCCCCGAGGAAUCAAAUCCUACAGGGAGGCUCCACCACUCGAAACAAGAAGAUAGCCAUUAGCCCCGAGGUUCAGCAAGCUCUGGCAACACUGGAAAAGGCUAUUUCUUUCAUCCGCGAGAAUAGAUGCAACUCAAAUUUCAAAUCUAUGUGCAGAAGCAACAUAGAAGAUUCAAAAUUCUCAGGAUUUAACCAAAUUUACAUGAAUGGCACCGGGACUACUACUGAAAUAUCGAGAAAGGAAUCAGUAGAGAUUACCUCAUACGAGCAUAGGAUUAGCUCCUGCAGUCAUAGUUCCAGGCGUACGAGUUCUAGUUUGUGCACAAAGGAAACGAGCCAUAAUAAGAUAGCACCGGUGUCACCAGAUGCUUAUGUUGCCGACCCUAAUUCACAUUCCUGUGGAGACCACGAAGCCGGAGAGACGAUUUUGGAGAAUAUAGAAAAGGACAAUAAUCUGACAGCUUCUCAUGUAAAUCAUAUCAAAGAAGAUAGAACUGGUAAAAGAAAAACCAGAAAGCUUUCAUACUGUUGCUAUAGUUUACUUUCUAGGCAGAUUUCGACUUAAGAAUUAACGAAUAACAUUGACAAUAUUGAAACAUCAAAUUGAUAAUUUUCUCAUCCUUUUAA